AUGGACGACCUUCCUAGAGAUUUGAAAUUAGAAAUCCUUCUUUACUUGCCCAUCAAAUCUCUCUUGCGACUAAAAUGCACCUCCAAAUCAUGGCUCUCUCUUAUCUCUGACCCCUACUUUACCAAAUUGCAUUUUAAACGAUCUUCCCAAUGCCCAGGUCGAAUCUUUUAUCCAGUUGGUUCCGAAAUUCUAUCCAUAGAUUUCAACACAUCCCUUCACGAAGAUUCUGCUAUUGUCAAGCUUGACCUUCCCCUUUUAAAACUACACGUUGAUGUCAAUUUUAUAUUGUGUUCUUGCCGAGGGUUUAUAUUUCUUAAGCCUAGAAAUGAACCCACAAUUUUCCUUUGGAACCCCACCACAAGGGUCUACAAACAAGUCCCAAUACCUCAACCACAUGACUCCAUACUUCUAUAUGGCUUUUGUUAUGAUGAGUUCGUUGAUGACUACUUAAUAGUGCUUGCAUCAAAAUACAAGACUAGUGAUAGUUCAUUUUAUUUUCUUUCAGGCUUUGAUGUCUUCUCUGUUAGAACCAACUCAUGGGAGAAACAUGUAUUUGGCCAACUUAUCAUCACUUCAAAUAAUUCGCCAUCUAUUGGUUCCAUCUCAAACAAAGCUAUUCAUUGGAUAGUUCGGAUUAAUCCAUCAUAUGGAGAGAAACGAGAAGAACUGAUUGCAUUUGAUAUUACAAAAAAGAAGUUACAAGAGAUUCCUUUGCCCCAUGAGUUAGAGAUUGAAUUGUUGAGAGGAAUAUAUACUUUGUACGUACAUGAAGGAUGCAUCGGUCUGGUCGUCAGUGGGAUUUUCGCAGAUGAGAUAUGGGUCAUGAGGGAGUAUGGCGUGAAAUCAUCUUGGACUAAGAUUUUCUCUAGGCCUUUUAAUGGAGAGCGUGUAUAUAAUUGCAUAUUUCCAUUAUCCCCAACCAAAGAUGGGCAACUUGUUGCAGUGUAUAACCAUAGAUUAACAAAAUGGAGUGAGAAAGGAGAAUUGCAAGAACACUGUCCAUAUUUCAACCAAGAAAAAAUAGAACGUCAUUCACCAUGUUGUUGUAGUGACUCUUUUUACCCAGCAGCUGCCUACGUUGAAACUUUACUUUCUCUCCCUUGAGUUGCUUGAUCAGGACGACAAGACAAAACAGCCUUUGUAAUGAUCUUCUCAUGCCGCGUAGCUUAAUUAUGAACAAAUCAAGAUUCGUCCUUUAGUAGAUUGAAGCCAGGAAUAUCACAUCUUUAAUUUGUA